UACAAUUGACAAGUGCAUUACAAUCCCGGAUUAUGCUGCAAAUAAAACAAAAUAUAAGGUGAUAAACUUAAACUUACUUAUGUUGAGGCAUAUCCAGACCAGUGUUUAUAUCGCUAUUUGUGAAAAGAUAUUUCUUCAAAACUGUUGUUUUGUCAGAAUUUGAUCAAAUGAGCUUGAUACAUCAAUUUGGACCAAACAAUGACUCAUGUUCCAGUUAAGUUGACCUGUCAUAACGAGGUAAAAUUCUGGUCUCUUGUAAUAUGACUUGAAUAAAAUAGUACUAAGUUGAUCAUUCCGAUUUCCAUUCAAAACGAGUCACUAAUUACGCAAUAUAAUCGCUUCCAGUCUCAGAUACACAUGCUUAAUUGCAUAAUGAUUGCUUUAAAUAAUGAUCCUUUAGUGCAUGAUACGAUCAACAAUGACUUCAAGCAUGCUCAAAACAUAUUUAUUGUCAAAAUAAGAUUUAAUUUCCAAACUUCGAGCCACAUUGUUUAUACCGCAACCCGCCAUUUUGAUUGAAUUUAUUGAAACCCAUGGUAAACCGAUCGAUAUACAGUAUAAAAACACUACGCAUCGGUAACUUCCCUUAACAAAAACACGAAAACUAGCGUAGAAAAAUUAUUCUUGAUUAUUUUUAGCCUUAUAAUAAAUUAUUACCUGAAAAAAUCUGCUUGGCGAUCAAAAUGGAGUUGCUUACAUUUUCAAAAAAAUAGGAGCGGUAAAUCCGCGGAACGAAAUAUCAAUUUGGUGUGGCCUAAAUAUAUUUUAAUUUUGAAGGACGUUCCUGAAAAAAUAACAGUGACGACAGUGAGUCAUGGACUUUGACCGUAAUAAGCUUAUACUUCCUUUUCGGUGUAGAAUCUGUUUGCCUCCCCGAGUAUGUAACACUUGUAUAUUAAGUGGCGUUUUAUGGAUGUCAACAUAUAUAUAGCUGUGUUGUUUCAAGUAUGUGUGCAGUAUCUUCUAGUUCUAUACAGCAGUUAUUUUUCAAACAAUGGACAUAUUAAAACUUCCUUACAUUUAUGUGUUAAUGUUUACACUAUGUUACCGUAAAACGACCAUACAAUGUGUGUCCACACCAGAUCGAGGUCGCCGGUCGGUCUGCAACACUCAGGCACUGGACGUACCCAACGGGGACUACUCCAUACUUCCGGGGAACAUGGGUGCCACGUUUACCUGUGACUCUGGAUUCACGCGGCUUGGGCCGCCCUCGAUCGCCUGCAUGAGCGGACAGUGGACGCCCCCGCCACCGUUAUGUGUAGCUCCCACGUGCCGGAAGCCAUUACCACGCCCACAUCUACGUGUUCGUGCGGAGGUGGGAGACGCGCUGCUCAAGUUUUCAUGCGAUGUCAACUUCCGACUUAACGGCGCCUACCAGGUCACGUGCAACGGAACCACGUGGAGCGAGGACAUCCCUCGGUGUGAACCAUGGAAGCCGUCGACGGCGUGCGACUUCGAGGCGGCGGACCUGUGUGGUUGGAACCAGAACGACGCGGACCACGAGGAGUGGAUCUGGCACACUGGAAGUACGCCCACAAAGAGGACCGGACCCGACCACGACCACACUUUAGGGCCACAUGGAACAGGUCACUACCUGUACUUCGAGACUUCCGGUUCCGACAAGUUUGAGCACACCGCUAUACUGGAAUCACCGCUGUAUCCGGCCGCUUGGGGCCGUCGCUGCUUCUCAUUCUGGUAUCAUAUCUUAGGGGAGAAGGAUAUCGGCCGGCUUGAGGUUUACGUCCGACCGGACGGCACCCGCGGCCUGGCGGGUCUGGUUCCCAAAUUCACCGUUGAUCACAACAAGGGCUCAGACUGGUGGAACCAGAUAAUAGAAGUGCCAGCGCUAGACAAACCCUUUCAGAUCUGGUUCCGGGCAAUCCGAGGGACGAGCUACAGGAGCGACUUCGCCAUCGACGACGUCUCCCUGUACGAGUGCCAAGACCUCUCUCCGACCUCAGCCAUGCCAUCGACGACAGUCAUGAAAACAAAAACAACGACAGUCAUGAAAACAACAACAACGACAGCAAUCACGAGCAAGAAACAAACCACGCGAGCACCAAACACCGUAACUAAGAAAGCAAUCACAACAACCAGCAGAACUACACCGACCAUGACGGAAACGAAUCCGCCGAUAAAGACACCUGCAUCGAAACAAAGAACCGAAACAGUAAUGUCAGAUUUACCAUCAACCAUCUCAGAAACCCCGGCUUUUAGCAAAGACUCGCAAUCUCUGCACCAUCAUGAGGCGAGUGAGGCUGGCGACUCGCUUAGCGUGACCGGGAAGGUGUUUGUAGGUGUGGCUGUCGCGUGCGUGGCGGUCACCCUCGUGGUGGUAGGCUACCUGCUCCAUAAAUGGCGGAGCUCCAGGCGGCGUUACUCUGCCAGCCUCCACUCAACCAACCCGCUCUACGAGGAAAUAGAAAACCAAGGGUCGACUGUUAGGUUUUCACAAAACCAAUAUUAAAACUUAUUAUGACACGGCUUGAUGUUUAUUUUUCGUAUUUAUAAAUCAGUUUGUGUACAUUAUAAGAAAAGGCCAUGUCUCUCAACAAAGAUACAAAGUGUCAACAUAUUGUUAGAAACAAACAUGGCGCACGGCUACAAUUGCCGUUUCUGUUAUCAAUGCCAGCUUUCGUCAAUGUUACAAAGAAUGUACUGUUUGUUAACUUGUUCCUUUUCACCUUUCUAUUGUCCCUGCUUUAGUAUUUUAUUAACGACAAUGUACAUUUUGAAUACCUUUGUGUUUUGCUUCUGUCUUGUGGUCAUAUGAAGUCAUAUUUGAAUCAUCAUCAUCGAUGACAUCAUCAUCGUCGCAGUCAUCAUCGCCAAUAGCAGCAGCCGCAGCGUGUACACUAUCAACCGAGUUUCAGUUAUACAAUCAGAAUAUGUAGGAUGUUACGAUUUUUGGGAAUCGCUACCCAAAAUCGUCGCUACAAGGAUAUGGCGGAACAACCCUUCAAGUAUUUACUAAAUUAAAUUUCAUUAUACUGAACAUGCAUUAAUAUUAUGUUGAAUACAUAGUUUAUAAUGGAAAAUGACACGAAUAAAGCAAAAACAAUU